AAGUGCUAUUUAAAAAGAAAGCAGGAAGCAGAAGUACGACUUCAUAAUUUGACUAUUAUGCUUUACUAAAACAACAUGAGAUGUGCUACUGUUAAUCCCCAUCACCCACUCAGCAGAACAUUCAGCAAACAAAUAACGCAGAAUUCUUCCUUGAUAAUACUUGCACUAAUGAAGGCUCAAGGGCUCCCCUGGUUGUCAGUGGUGGCACUCCUGGUGUCUUCACCAUAUUCCUCCUUGCUGAACAUGGAGACGUUUAUUCUUGACUACUCUUCCAGAAACCUUUCUGCAGUUCCCCCUGAUCUCCCCCCAUCUGUUCAAUGCCUAGAUGUGUCUCAGAAUCGAAUUUGGACCCUGAAGAAACAUGACUUCCAUAGAACACCCAGGCUCCAUUUUCUAAAUCUCUCCUGGAACAUUCUUGAAGAUAUACACCCAGACACAUUUAUUUCCACUCCUCUUCUGGCAACACUGGAUCUGUCCCACAACAGCCUGAAAAAUCUGUCCCACCAACAAUACCUGGUGAAAGCACAAAACCUACAGUAUUUGGACUUGUCAUCCAACUUGUUUGCAGUUAUGGCACUGGGGUAUGAGUUUUCCAAACUCAUGAAACUUAAAUGGCUUGGUUUGAGUGCCAGGAUUAUUCAGAACAACAACUUUGUUAACAUCUCUGACCUCCAUCUCCAAACUCUCUUCAUUCAGGCUCAAGAUUUGAUGGUGUAUGAAAAUGGAAGUCUCACUGGUGCAAAAACAGACAAAAUUGUCAUCCUAAUGCCCAGUAAUGUAUUUGAUCUCCCAAUAAUUGUUGACGCUUUGGCAUCCUUUAAACAAGUAGAGCUAAGGGGGCUAUACAAUCCAGAGGACUUCCUUGGAAUACUUGUGACACGCAAAGUACGCAUUCAAACGGUUAAUUUACAUUUAUCUUCUGUUUGGAGUACAUGGAAGGUAAUAACAGCCCUUACCAACAGGGCCUUAAUGUCAACUAUCUGCCAGUUCAGUAUGUCUAAUCUUACCCUUUAUGAUAUGAAUGGAGAUUAUUUUGUGAUCCAAGGCUACUCUUUAGAUUCCUUCAGCAUUAGACAAGCAUCAGUGACUGUGUUCAUUUUUAAUCAGCUGAGUCUAUAUGACUUCAUAAUCAAUAUACCUGCAAGAAAUCUAACUUUUGCCCAGUCACCAAUAGUCCAUAUGACCUGCCCAAAGGUUGUUAGCAUGAUACAGAUGCUUGAUUUAUCUGACUGUGUCCUAACUGAAAAUGUAUUUAAAGAUCCUCUUGGGGAAUGUAACACCUUGAGCAAUCUGGAGAUAUUGGUCUUGAAGCGCAAUAACCUUAGACAGUUGAUGCCACUGACUUCAAGAGUUCAACUAAUGAGCUCUCUAAGACAUGUGGACUUUAGCCAGAAUUCACUGACUUAUGAGGAAACUCAGGGCAGAUGCACUUGGCCUUCGAAAAUCAGCCACUUGGAUUUAUCUUUUAAUGAGUUUGACCAGACUGUGUUUAAAUGCUUGCCAACUGCUCUAGUCAAUCUAAACCUCCAGAACAACCACAUUAGCGCAAUUCCAGCAAAUAUUUCUGGUCUGGACUCUCUCAAAGUUCUAGAUCUUACGGCAAAUCGUCUGCUGGAUCUCCCAGACUGCCUGGGGUAUCCAAAACUACAGAAACUUGUGCUACGUGGGAACUUCCUGCAUGCGCCAUCAACAGGCUCUCUCAAGACCUGUCCACACCUAACUGUAGUGGAUAUGAGUAUGAAUCCCUACAUCUGUACCUGCCCUUUGCGAGAAUUCACCAACCUUAUUGAUGAAAAGGGUACACUGGGUGGCUCAAAUUCUUGGAAGUACCAAAGAAUCACCGUGGCUCACUGGCCAGAUGGGUAUCGAUGUAGUUACCCAGAGUACUGGAGAAAAGCAAUGCUUAAAAACUUCAGUAUGCUUGAGAUCACUUGCAAUGCUGGGCUACUGGCAGUAACCAUUUUGGUCCCAGCCAUAAUUUUGGUCAUUGCUAUAGGAAUUCUAUGCCAACAACUAGAUCUUCCUUGGUAUAUAAGCAUGAUUUGGAAAUGGACUCGUGCAAAGCACCAUGCCCGAAGUUCCCAGCAACGACAAGAAGAUCUCCAAGGAGUACACUUCCAUGCUUUCAUCUCCUAUAGCCAAAGAAAUGCCAACUGGGUUAUAGGUCAACUCUUGCCCAAACUUGAAGGUGAGGACUCUGCAACCCAAAAUGGACUGCGAGUGUGUCACCACGAGCGAGACUUCAUCCCAGGAAGGCCAAUCUUAGACAACAUCCUCCACUGCAUAGAACAAAGUAGAUGCUGCGUCUUUGUGCUGUCCUCUCAUUUUGUGCAGAGUGACUGGUGUCACUAUGAGCUCUACUUCGCUAGCCACCAGUGGAUAACACGAGGUUUCCCAAAGAGAAACAGCUGAGGAGGAAGUGGGAAGGUGCUGUAAGAAGGGAAGGUGUUUCCGCAAGUGAGUCCUCCGUGCUAUGCAGUGAGCAUUUCAAGCUGGAGGAUUUUGACAGGACAGGUCAAACUGUCAGGAUUAGAGAUGGAGCUGAACUUAUUCAGUUGCCCCACUCAUCUCCAAACAGUAGGUGUAUCGAUAGGCUAUAAUGAUUUAAUAGCUUGCCAUCAAAUCGUGGCUUGUUGUUGUUGUUGUUGUUGUUGUUAUUAUUAGCUAUUAUAAAUCUAUUAUUAUUAUUUUUAUCAUUAUUAUCAUCAUCAUCAUCAUCACAUAAAUGGGUUUUACCAGUGCAACUGUAACUGUUUUACCGGAUCAAUAAAGGACUAUCUUAUAAUUAUCGUUGUAAUUGUCUGUUUUGGAGUACAUCUGUAUCCUUUUAUUGUUAAUAAAAUAUAGAAAGCAGACUGACUGCCAGUGUCUCACUAUUUGAUUUGUAUUUGCUGAUUUUGUUCCAUUUUGGUACAAUGAUAGUCAAUUGUUAGUACUUAAAGAUGCACUAUUUAGAUUUCUUUUUACAGUAUUUAAAAAUGAUCGAGCUUUGUUAACAGAAUUCCAACCUGGAGCACAAGAAAAGCUAAAAGAUGGGGUUGAAGACAGAAAAGGCCAGUUCCACAAUGAAUAAAAAACUUUAUGCACAUUUCAUGUACAGUAAAUUAUCUUACAUUAGGGAUAUCUCAGCAUUUAUUAAACAAGAAAAAUAAGCCAAAUCUAUGCUUGACAAGUGUGAGUUUUCACAAUUCCUUAUGACGAAUAAUUUUCUAGUCUAACUAUCGAGAUUCUAAGUAACUGGAGACUUAACUUUUUUUGUACUUCACAUAGAUCAUAAACCAUUGAAAUUGUUUGAGAAAUGAAAACAUUAUUGUGCUUUUUAUCCAGAAAAACCGCAGCUCCCCUGUUUACUUGUAUUUUGUUUAUAGGGCAGUCUUGCCGGGAUCAUUAUGGCGGACACGUUGACAUAUCGCUUUGAACGGUUGAACGGUAUGAACGUAGACCAACAGCUAUUUUCACAGCAGCACAAAUGAGGGUAGAUAAUUUUCCAAGUUCAUAACUUUCAUGUGUGGAUCAAGGAUGGAUUUUAAACUAAUGUAUGUUGUCAUUCAUUUAAAUGUGUCUUUGGUGUUUAAAAUUAAGAGGUAAUAAAGUUAAUAGGGCCCUGGGAAAAACGAGUCCUGACUACAUAAAACCUUUGGAAAAUUUUACUUAAUGUGUGUUAACAGAAUGUUGAAUUGAGGAACAUAUGACCCUAGGAACAUAGGAGUGACCCCGUCAUAAAUAGCUAGCUAACAGCUCCAUUAAAUAAAGUGGUGUUUCCCUGAAGAGAAGAAAAACAUACUAGCUAACAACUAAACAAGCUAGCUAUUUAUCUCUCUAAGCAUGUUUUACACAAAGUGAUUGGUUGCAGUAACCAAAUAUUAUCUACAUAACUUUACUAACACUGUAACUUGGAUACAGACUUUGAUAGUCUUUUUUGAACAAUCUUUUUGGUCUAUAUUUUAUACGGUAUGUUAAUGAGGAAACUAUUAAGUAGUGCCAGCCACGGGAUCUCAGAAAGCAGUUCUAACUACAUUAACCACUGCUUGCCUGCCAAUGAAAAAAAACAUGAUUUCUCCAGAUUUUUUACAUUUAAUAAACAGCUUUCUUAAAAGGAAAUUGCUUCAGAUUGCAUUGCCCUCUGGGUAAGUAGUGCCCCUGAAAUAAAGUAAUGGAUCUUCCUUAACGAUAUCAAUGAAAAACUGAGUUUCUUUCACUAUAUUUCGUAUUUAUACUGAAAGGUGUUAAUGGUUGUUCUGACAUGAUUUUGAGUCUUGAAUGCACCCCAUGUGUAAGGUCAAAGGUCAUCUGCAGCAAAAACAGCCAGACACAGUGCAUAUUAGAGGUCUUCACUAGAAGCUAAGCCAAAUCGCUAAGGUAGGGUAAGGAAAGAAAGGGGGGAGGGGGGAUGUAAAAGUAUUAUUCUUCCCAUUAGACACAUUAUCGUCAAAUCCAAAAUUAUUGGCACCGUUCAAUAGGAUGGGCAAAACGGAAUUCACGCUACAACCAACAUUAAAUACAAACAAGAGAAAUGACUUACCUUGCAACUUACCUUUUUAUGAAAAAAAAAUCAAAUAAUAAGAAUUUAUCUUUUAAACAGUUCUAUUUUGUCUUAAAAUGUGGCGAAAUUCAACUAUGACACAUAUGAGGUUGUUCACAUGUAAAAUCUAUCACCUUGGGACACUUUCAACACAAAACACAAAGCACUUGACCUUGUAUGUAUUAUUCAUUCCUUUUAAGAUAUACAUUUUCCACAUUUUUAUAACGGGUGCCAGUAAUUCAGGAGCCGACUACAGGAGACUUUGUCCAAAAUAAAAGAAAUACAAAACUUUACAAUAAAAUAUCUUAAAUAAUCACUUGUCAUUAUUUCGCCAUUGUUAUUUUGUUUGAAGA